AUGUCGUCCAAGCCCGUCAUCGUGUUCGUCCCCGGGGCGUGGCACGUUCCCGAGACAUUUCAUCUCGUGAUUGAUGAGCUCGAGGCUGCAGGAUACGAGACCAAAGGUGUCCAACUCGCCUCGGUCGGCUCACCCGAGCCGCUCAGGGACUUCCAACCGGACGUCGACGCCAUUCAACAAGUAAUGAGACCAUUCAUCGAACAGCAGGAAAAGGAUGUCUUGCUUGUCGUGCACUCCUAUGGUGGUAUCGUGGGGAAUGAAGCCGUGAAAGGCCUGGACAAGGCCUCGCGCGAAAGGCAGGGCAAGAAGGGAGGUGUGUCGCACAUCUACUUCUGCUGCGCAUUCGCGCUUCCCGAGGGCGUCUCCCUGAUGGACGCCUUGAACCAGACACCCUUGCCCUGGUUCCAGAUCAAUGAUGCCGAGGACCUGGUCAGCCCCGCCACCCCGAUCGAGACCUUCUACAACGACGUCGACAGCCCGGAGAGAUACGUGGCCAUGUUGAAGCCGCACAGUUACCGUGCCUUCUUUUCCAAAGUCACGGACCCAGGCUGGAAGUAUGUGCCGAGCACGUAUCUGCUGUGUGAGAGGGACGAGGCGAUCCCGCCCCACGCGCAGAGAGGAAUGGUCGAGGGAGCUCAGAAGGCCGGGGCGGAGAUGAAGGUUGAGACGAUGGAUGCCAGUCACUCACCGUUUAUGAGCAUGCCGGGGGAGAUGGCACGGUCGAUUAGGCGGGCGGCGGGCGAGGCAGUGUAA